CUUGCGCUUCUGCCCUGCCGGGGCACGUGGCGCGGCCGGGACAUGCGGUGCAGCCGCGGGGCAGGGUUGGCCUCAUCCCGGCAGCCGUGCCGGCAAAAAAAGGGGGAUAUUUCUGUUGCUUUCUCUUUUGAUUUUGGUAAAUGUGGGGCAUGCACUCACGUCUAGGGCUCUGCCCUGCCUGGGAACGGCACAGUCUCAGAAGAGGAAACCCCAAGCGCGGGAAGCUGCGCUGAGCACCGGGGCUGCCGCCGCGCCCGAGAGGGGCACCCGGGGGGUGCGGGGGGAUCGGGCAGCCGGGAAGGGCAGCGGAGCCCCGGAUCCGCUGCGGGGCAGCCCGGGUGGGCCAUGCUGGGGUGGCUGCUGGCGGCGCUGGCGGCGCUGGUGCAGGGCGGUAAGUGCUCCUGCGGUGCUGGGAGAUGAGAGAUAACUUCAGAAGACUUUCAAUGAAUGAUUCGGGGGUGAUAAGACCUGGGGAGCUCCCGGAGAGAGAUGGAGAUACUUACCCAAAACCACAGGGACGGAGUAAAAAUGAUGAAUCCCCUCUGCAGCGGCAGGAGCCGGGGCGAGUGGCACCGGCCAGCGCCGCAUCACCGGGGAGGGGGAACACGAGGGGCUUGGGGCACCGUGGCAGCCCACGACGUCUCUUGCUGGCACAGCUGCAACACCCCCAAGCUUCAUCACUGCUCCUGGCCGCCCCUCGGCCCCGCCGGCAACACCUCCUACGUCCUGAACUUGUGCUUUGAGAAGCACAGCCCGUGCCGCCGCUUUGAGGCGGGCACGGUGACCAACUACAACCCCCCGCAUGACCGAGUGUUCAUCUUCGAGAACACCACGGCCUGGGUGGAGGCACGCUGGGGAGACCAGGUCCGCAGGACCCCCAACCACACCCUUUACCUCUCCAAGGCUGUCAAACUGGAUCCACCUCCUACCGGGAUGCCCUUCUCCAAGACUGGUGGCCAGCUGAGAGUGCAGGUGCCACAGCUACAGUGCCACGGCCUGGAGCAGCUGCCACAGCAUGAGGCUCGCUUCUGGAGGGUGGGAGACAGUGGUUGGACACAGGUGACCUGUGAGACUGUGAUGAUGACAGGUGAAGAUGUCUCAGUGACCUGUGCCCUGGGGGUCAAUGGCACCUUCGUGGUCCAGCUCCGGCACAAGUAUCCCCACUGGAGCAGCUACUGGAGUGACUGGAGCAGCAACAUCUCUGUUCCCGAGGAAAUCCUGAGGAGCCCAGUGCUGAGCCAUCAACUGGGCAAACUGGGGAGAGAUGGGCAGCGGGUGCUGAGGCUGAGCUGGCAGGUACAGUGGCAUCCCUGGGGGCCCUCCUGCGUGUCCCCCACCAUUUCAUCCCCUGAGUCACCCCCUGUUCCUCCCCAGCCAGUCCUCAAGGAGCAAAGGAAUGUCAUCUACAAGCUGGAUAUCCACAUGUUGGCGUGUGACUGUGCAGAGCCAGAUGAGGAGGAGGACCCUGUGCUGCUGGGCUGGGACAAGACAGAGCACAACCUCACCCUCUCCGGGGCGGAAUACGAAAUCCUGCUGAGGGCGGUGAACGCCGCGGGGCCGGGGCCGGCCCAGCAGCUCCGUGUGCCGGCAGAGCAGCGAGCGGAUCUCAGCUUCAAGGAGAUCAGCGUGGCCGGAGGCACCGUGACCGCGCAGUGGGAAGCGCCGGUCCCUGGCGAUGCUUUCUGCUUCGAGCAGCAGACACUGCCAGGGCCUCCGAAACAGGGAGAAUGCACCCAGCAGGAAUUCCCUGCCAACAGCAGCCACGUGCAGAGAGGCAAGGGAACCCCUCAAGUCCCCCGCUGUCCCCCAGGCAGGGACAGAGGGUCUAAGCAGAGCCCCGGUUCUUCCCCAGGAGCGCUGCGGGUGCCGGGCUGUCACCGCCUGGCCGUGCACGGCUGGGACGCGGAGCGAGGCUGGGCCACCUUCGCCCUGUGGCACCGCUACCACAGCAACGAUUCGCUGUUCGUGCCCAUCAACAUCAGCAGCGGAGAUGUCGCAGUUGUCCUGCAGUGGACACCGUCCCCACGUGCCUCCUGUCCCGGCGCGCUGGCCAAGUACCUCAUCUGCCACGGGGCCGAGGGGGACAACGUGACCUACAGUGAAGUGAAUGCCACAGCGUCAAACUACACCCUCCAAAACCUCCAGCCUGGCACAACCUACAGGGUGGGUGUUUCGGAGGUGCCAGAGGACAGCGAGGGGACCUGCAGAGCUUGGUGGCGCUUCCAGACCAAGGCGCUGGGUCCCCAGGGAGCAGUGUGGAGAGGCAAUCUGAAGUACUUGGGCAUCUUGCUUGGUGUCCCCGCCUCAGCUGCCAUCUACCACCUGACCAAAAAGAGAGCUGGCCGCCUCCUCUUCCCACCCCUUCCCAAGCCCGCGGGCACCAAAGCCAUCCAGUUCUCGGACAGCGAGAUGAGCCAGGGCCAGCCCCGGAGACGCCUCCUGGAACCCAUGGAGAGGUUCAACGCAGCCGAGCUGCUGCUGGAGCCGAAUCCCAGCGAGGAGACGACAGACACGGACACCCAGACUGCGGUGCCACAGCCCGACGUGCCGCAGCCCGGCCCCGCGCUGGAAAAGCCGGAGGCAGUGGUGGUGACCCCGUUGGGCUGUGGGGACGAGCUGCCCUUCGCCUACCGCAAGCAGGACAUGCUGAGCCCGCUGGGAUCUUCACCCUCUGGCAGCACCAGCUGCAGCGGGCACCGACCCGGAGAGGAGGAGGAGGAGGAGGAGGAGAAGGGAAGGCAAGGGCUGCACCAGCCGCUGAUCCCCAUCGCCCUGCUUAUCUCCGACAAGCCCAUCAUCAUCAGGGAUGAGGAAGGAUGGGAUCCCUCGCCGCAGAAGUCGGUGCCGUGGCCAUCACCAGGCUGGAGCAGCGGGGCUGAGCGGCAGGAAGGGCACGGGGGCGUCCCAUGGCAUGAGGAGCGUCUGUGCGGGAUGCAGAGUGCCCAGUACGUGGGUGGCACCGGCACUUGCAGGGGGUUUUCUGGUUUCCGGGACACGGAACGUGAUGCCUCUGGAUGCAGCAUUGCACCCGGACAAAUUUUGGCCUUGCAAUUUGCAGCCUCAACCUCUCACCAAUGAUAAAACCCGAAUGAAGGUGGCUGCAGAGUCUGGCCAGGACCGAGGAUAUUUCCAUACCUGGACUGGGAAGAGAGGCAGAGCUCCAUCCCAGCCGGCUGCUACCUCUGGAACCACUGUCCUGCUGGGGGCAUAAAAAGCCCAGCACCAAACAUCAACUACCUGAAAAAAAAAAAUCCAAAAUUGUUUAAAUUUUUAAAGUAUUUUUUUAAUUUUUAAAAAUUUAAAAAUUUAAAUAACUUCACGAAGCAGAAGGGCUGAGAUUUUUUUUUUUCCUCGCCUGACCAGAGCAGAUUAUAGCAAGCACUCAGAGCCGAGGUUCAAUCCAUGGAGCUGUGGAGGACACAGCCAGGAGUGAUCCCUGGGGCCCUGCAGCCCCUUCCCGUGGGGCCGCGCCGCCGCCUCGCCCUUAUCUGGGACAGAACUGGAGAUGAAAAGCACUUUGUGGUUUUGUCUGCUUGGCGCGGCGGUGCUUACUUGCUGAGACGGCAAAAAAAAAUCUUAAAAACCUGAAUGCUACGUGAGUUUAGUAACACGGGGAAAUCCAGGUGCGGUA